AUGAGUAAUCUCGGAGCUACCGCCACCGACUCUACCAGUGGUCUAUCCCCGGGAGCCAUAGCAGGCAUAGUGGUGGCAGCACUCCUCGCUCUCAUCGCCCUUGCCCUCCUCCUCUGGUUCCUCUUCCGCCCAUCUGAACCCGCGUGCAAGCAGUACUCACUGGCGGACAUCCAGCAGGCCACCAACUUGUUCUCGGAGGUGAAAGCGAUGGCGCGGCUGCAGCACCCAGCACUGGUGCCAUUGCUGGGGUACUGCAUUGACUACAACGAGACCAGCAGGCAGAUGGAGCAGAUCACCGUGUCCCAGUUCAUGCCCAAUGGGGACCUCUCACACAGGACCAGUCCAGAGGCCAAGCCCAUAUCAAACUCUCAGCCUCCUCAUCUCCCCAUACCCCCGCCGCACACCUCCCAGGCGACAGCAGAGCUCUCUAGCAGUGACGUCAGUUCCAUCAUUGACCCGCGGAUGGCAUCCCCAGCUGCCUCUACCAGUGACGUCAGCAUGGUGCAUGCUGACGUCUUGCAGAGCCUUGCAUCCCUGGCAUUGGCAUGCACUGUCAUGCCCGCUGCCUCGCGCCCCUCCAUGGCCAAAGUGCUCUCACAGCUGAAGCAACUCCACGAGGAGGUGGUAAGGCGGGAGGGGGAUAGCGGAUUGGAGCAAGGGAGUGGGUUUGUAGGAGUUGAUAUGGGUGUGGGAGGAGUGGGAGGGAUGGCGAAGGAGAAGUGGGAGAGCCCAGCAGAUGGGGCGUCAGCGGUGAGUGUGACGCCAGUGACAGCUGUGAGGGAUACAAUAUGCAGCUUGGAAGGGAAUGAGAGCUCCAGUGGUGGAGAGGGGACGAGUGGAGAGGCGAGUGGGAGUGUGGCUGGUUAUCACAACUGA